AUGAAAAGACAAUCACUCUCAAAUGGAAAACAUAGAAAAAUUGAUGGAGAUGAUGAGCAAAUUGAAAAACCUUCUGCCCUUAAAGGAUUUUUAAUUCCUGUUACGAAAACUGGUAGUCCUAUAAAUGAAGAACUUAAUGGUUCUACACCAUCACCAAAUAUCCCAGAAUCUCCUAUGCCAGAUGAUAACCCUGGUUCAUUUGAUCGUAUGGAUCCACCAGUAUCAGAAUCAGCACAAGAAAUGUUAAAAAAAAGAGGAAUUAAUAGUUUAUUUCCAAUUCAGGUAUCUACUUAUUCACCAAUUUAUUAUCGUAAAGAUGUUGUUGGAAAAGCACAAACUGGAAGUGGUAAAACAAUUUCUUUUGCUCUUCCACUUAUGGAAAGACUAAGAGCUGAAAAUGAAAGAAAAGGAAAGAACCCAAGAGUUAUUUGUUUAUCACCAACACGAGAAUUAGCUAUUCAAAUAGCAGAAGAGUUUACACAAUGUUCAUGUGGAAAAUUUAAAGUUAUUUGUGUAUAUGGAGGUGUUGAUAUUCAAGGACAAAUUAAUAAAUUACAAAGUGGAGUUGAUGUGAUUGUUGGAACUCCAGGAAGGGUUAGAGAUCUUUUUGAUAGACAAUUUUUAAAAUUAGACUCUAUAGAAACAAUUGUUCUUGAUGAAGCUGAUGAAAUGUUAAAUAUUGGAUUUAAAGAAGAAGUUACUCAAAUUAUGGAUUUUGUUCAUGGAAGUGUUCCAAAAGAGAGUACGGUUCAAACAUUAUUGUUUAGUGCAACUAUGCCAGCAUGGGUUAAAGAAAUCAGUGAAAAAUAUUUAAGAGAUGAUGCAGAAGUUAUUGAUGUUACAGUAGGAAAUACUCAAGUUCCAAAGAAUGCUAAACAUCUUGCUUGUAGAAUCUUUUAUCAAUCUAAAACACAAACUAUUGCAGACCUUAUCAGGGUAUAUGGUAGAACAGGAAGAACUAUUGUUUUUUGUGAUACCAAAGCUGAAUGUACAGAUUGUGCUAUUGCUAUUAAUCCAAUUUUUGAGUGUCAACAAUUACAUGGUGAUAUUCAACAAAAACAAAGAGAACAAACAUUAAAUGGUUUUAGAGAAAAUAAAUUUAAUGUAUUAGUUGCUACUGACGUUGCUGCAAGAGGUCUUGAUAUUAGUGGUGUUGAUUUGAUAAUUAUGACUCAUGUACCAAAAGAUAUUCCACAAUAUGUUCAUAGGGCUGGUAGAACUGCUAGAGCAGGAAAGGAAGGAACUACAAUUACUUUGUUUACUAGGAAAGAACUUCCUCAACUUCAAUUAAUUGAGAGUAGAAUUAAAAUCCAUUUCCAAAGAAUUGGAACUCCACAAAAGGCUCAAAUCGCUGAAGUUACUUGCGGAAAUUUACCAGAAGAAAUUAAAGAAAUUCCUGAUGCAACUGCUGAAUUAUUUAGAGAUAUUUCUAAAAAAUUAUUAGAAACUGGAGAUGCUGAGACUGUCUUAUGUAAAGUAAUUGCUUCAUUAAGUACUGUUAGUAAUGACGAUUCUGAUCGUUCACUUCUUCAAGGAGAGCCUGGUGUUAAAACUUUGUUUAUGGAAACUAAAGGAACAACAACUGGAUUUAGUGGUACCAAAUUUCUUUUAGGUAAAACUCUUGAACCAUCUGAAAUUGAUAAAUUGGGUGAAGUAUAUGUUUAUAAAGACCAUUUUGUCUUUUUUGAUCUACCAACAAAAAUUGCCAAUAAGUUGUUAAAGUCUAAAUCAAAAUGGAGUAAGGCUAUUGUCAAUAUUACUGUUCCUGCUUAUUUCCCUGAUGAUGUUGGAAUUGGAAAUAGCAAAGACCCAAAUGAAGAACGGGGAAGAAAAGGUUCUGGAAAUGAUAGAAGGGAUGGAGGAGAAAGAAGAAGAGACGGAAAUGAUAGAAGAAGAGAUGGAAAUGAUAGAAAGAAGUCUGAAAGUGAUAAAAAAGACCGAAAAAGAUAUGGAAACAAUAAAAGUGAUGGCAAUUCAAGUAGAAAAGGACAUAUAACUUUUUAA